GGCAGCAGCACGAGGCUGGGGACGGCGCCGCGGCGGCCCGCAGGAUGGGCGGCAGGGCCGGCUUCUUCGAGGUGGAAAUCCUUGACUGGAAGACAAAGGAACAAUUAUGCUUCCUAGAUAAGGUGGAGCCAAAUGCUACAAUUAGGGAGAUAAGAUCAAUGUUCCAUAAAUUAUAUCCUCAGUGGUAUCCAGCAAGACAGUCAAUAAAACUUGAUCCAGAAGGAAAGUCCCUGAGGAAUGAGGAAAUCCUGCAGCACCUCCCUGUUGGCACAACUGCUACUUUAUACUUUAAAGAUUUAGGGCCACAGAUAGGAUGGACUACGGUAUUUUUGAUAGAAUAUACAGGUCCAUUGUUCAUCUAUUUUCUGUUUUAUUUCCGCAUGCCUUUUGUGUAUGGACUGGAUGAGAGGUUUACAUCAAGCCCACAUCCAGUAGUUAACUUGGCAUGUAUCUGCCAUUCUUUCCACUACAUCAAAAGGUUGAUUGAAACAAUAUUUGUUCAUCGGUUCUCCCAUGGGACUAUGCCACUGAGGAAUAUUGUGAAGAACUGCUUGUAUUACUGGGGAUUUGCAGCUUGGCUUGCUUAUUACAUCAAUCAUCCUCUUUACACUCCUCCUUCUUAUGGGAAAAAACAGAUUAAUUUUGCUGUGAUCAUGUUUCUGCUAUGUGAAGCUGGAAAUUUUUCCAUUCAUGUUGCUCUUAGUGACCUCCGGAGAGAUGGGUCCAAAACUCGUAAGAUCCCAUAUCCAACAAAGAAUCCUUUCACAUGGCUGUUUUUCUUUGUAUCUUGUCCUAACUAUACCUAUGAGGUGGGGACAUGGAUCAGUUUCACUAUCAUGACUCAAUGUGUUCCAGUGGGGCUGUUCACCUUGCUUUGCUUCAUUCAGAUGACAAUCUGGGCAAAGGCUAAACACUAUACCUACAUACGGGAAUUCAAGGAUUAUCCAACUGUUCGAAUGCCAAUUAUUCCUUUUUUGUUGUAAGAAAAAAAGUUCAGUUUCAAUAUUGCAUGGAACUUCAAGAAGAAGAAGCUCUUGGAUUUUUUUUAUUCAUAAACCUCCUGCCAAAUAAGUGAAUUAAUUGAAAUAAUUCUAGUGUAUGCCACAUCUCCACUGCUGAGGGAAAUUGAACACAGUUGAAAACUAUAUUUUCUUAUAUUCAAGAAUUCUUCAACUCAGAAGCACCUCCAAAAAUAAGGCUUCAUUGCAGAGCUGGUACCCAAAAGCCCCUAUAGUUCACUGCAACCUGAUUGACUGAGAUUUCCCUGUACUAGUCUAUUUAUAUUGACACAUCAGAGAUACUGAUAAGCUUGUGCUGAAAAGCAGCUACAAACUUAGCAGUGGCAUUCUGCAAGACUGUGACAUAAGUACAUUGGAAUGAGGACAUAGCAGCCAACUACAAGAAAUCUCAACUCAAACGGCCAGCUGGCCCGAAGGCAGUUGCAUGUUUUGCCUCCUUUGACUUGAAAAAGAGAGUGUGCUGCCUGGAGGCAGGUGCUUUGACAAACAACAUUACCAAAGAAUAUGAAUGGUUCCUGGAAUAAGGAAGUAGGCAAUCUCUCAAAACCUGCUUUGGGUCUAAGCUAUAAUUUGCCAAGUGGAUCUAAAGAAAGAAGAAUUUGUGGAUGUAACAUCCAUCUUGUUAAGAUUUUUUUUUAUUUGGAGGAUAUUUACUUUGUUUAGUUUUUAAUAUUUUUCAUUAGUAAAUUGCAUACUAGUAAAUAAGGUUCAUGAUAUCUGAUCUAUGCUGUAUCCAUGAUAUUUGGCCUGUUUCAAAUAACAAGUCCUUAAUAUAUUCUAAAAGAUCCUAAAGGACAUUUAACCUUGUAUUUUUUGUCAACAUUCUCUGAAUAAUUUCACUGUACUUUGUGAAUACAUAAAGUGUCUGCUAGCAUUCAGAAUGGUAGCUCCCUUCCUAUUUUCAGAGCCAGGGAGAAAUUUGGGGUCCAUUUUGAACUUUCUGUGUUUUCUUUUUCACAAGAUGUUCAGUGGGAUUUAGUUGGGUCUUGUGCAAAUCUAGCAAAAAAAAUAUAUAAAAAUAUGACUGCAAUCUAUCUGAACAAUAUUUUGAAAAAACUGUUUUAGAAUAUGAAAAGAAUGUGUAGAUACUGUUUUGUUUCAUGAUGAAUUUAUUUAGUAUAAUGGAUGUAUAGAAAGAUUUUGCAACUGUUUGUAAAGGUGGAAUCUGCAAUAAAUUCUAGCCUAUA